AUGAAUCGAUUACAUUUAUUACGACAUGAUGAAAUAAUAAGAGCUUUUUCUAAUGGUGUCGUCUCGCGAGAAAUACCAGAAAUACCACUUUUCCCUAAAAUUGGUACGCGAUUAUACAUGAACAAUCAUCAACACAGGAAUAAUAAUCAUUCGAAGAAAAGAAAUAUCAAAGCAGACUCGAGAACAAAACCAUCUGUUGAGCGCCCAACAUCACCAAUUCCUGUACUCCAAGUCGCUACUGUUGUCUUCGAAAAAAAUCGAGCUACCAUUGACAUGAAAAUCAAACAAACGGAAUCGGAUAGUAAUCCUGAGAAUGAUACGAACGACAAAGAUGAUGAUAUUGUCUAUCCAAUUGGUGUCAAAGAUCAUCGUCCGUAUAAAAUUGUCGCUCAAUAUCGACGAAUGUUGGGGAAAUCAACUGAUUUUAUAGCUGAACCUCUUUGUAUUGGUGAAAAUGAAACAGAAACAGCUGUGCUUGGUUUGAGUAGCUUUGCUGAAAAACACGGCUGUGAUUUAAUGUUCACCGAUGAGGAUCAUCGAUUUGACAAUAGUAUGUAUCGUGCUGCUUGUGGUACAGCUGAUUUAGGUAUUAUUCAUCUUCUGGCUACUGAUGCAGUUCAAACAGCGACUUUUUGUUUCGUUAUGGAUUUCGAUUUUAAUCAUGAAUUUCAACAAUCCACAGAGAAAGUAGAGACAUUUGUGAUGGAUUUUUGUCAAGCAAUUGCGAAAGUCAUAUCAUGUGAUACAAACAAUGUUCGCAUAUUUUCGAUUAGUAAAAUGGAAAAAGAAAAGCAGAAGAGUGAAGUGAAGUUUGGUGUGACAUCGCUAGAAACAGAAAAGACUGAACAACUUGCAGAAAUAUUAAAGAUUCAUGCUCGGUCAGGCUUCAGUGAUGACAAAAUUCUUGCUCGUGUUCUUGCUCGUGACUAUGAUUAUACAUGGAAACCAGCAUUACAAACUUUAAAAUUACAUGCAAGUGAUCUUGCUCCUGAGUUUAACUUCGAUUAUAGGCCGAAUUCUACACCUAAUCAACUUGAACGUGGAAGUCAUCCCUACUAUUUACCUCGUGGUUGGUAUCGUCAUGCUCUCCGCGUUCUACACAAGUAUGAAAAGGAUCCAAAAUGGCUCGAUCACUCCAAUACGCAAGGUGAAUGGCCAGUUGUCUAUCAUGGAACAAAGUCUUGGGCAGUUUCAAGUAUUGCUCAACAAGGUUUAAUGACUAAUGCUGUCAAAGUUGAUUUAAUGCGGCCAGAAGCCAUCCAACAGAUGGGAGUCGAAGCGGAUCGUCCUGGUCUAUAUGUCGCUACACACUGUGAGGGUGGAGCUGUCCUCUAUACUGAACCGUUUACAGUCAGUCCGCUACCAGAUAAGACUGAAAGUUUCCGAAUAGUAUUUCAAUGUCGUGUUAAGCCCGAAAAAUUCACAGUUCAUGAAAGUCCAGUACACGAGGGUCAUGCAUGGCGUUAUGUUGAUGCAAAUUCCAUACGUCCAUAUGGUAUUUUAUUGAAGAAAGAAGAUUAA